CGCUGCCUACAGGUGACCGUGCGAGGCCUUCGCGCCUGGGUCGGCCGGGCUCGGAGCCAGCCAUGCUGUUCUGGCACACGCAGCCCGAGCACUACAACCAGCACAGCUCCGGCAGCUACCUGCGUGAUGUGCUCGCUCUGCCCAUCUUCAAGCAGGAGGAGCCCCAGCUGUCCCCUGAGAAUGAGGCCCGCCUGCCGCCCCUGCAGUACGUGCUGUGUGCCGCCACGUCCCCUGCCGUGAAGCUGCACGAGGAGACCCUGACCUACCUCAACCAAGGUCAAUCUUAUGAAAUCCGACUGCUGGAGAACAGGAAGCUGGGAGACUUUCAAGAUCUGAACACAAAAUAUGUGAAGAGCACCAUCCGCGUGGUCUUCCACGACCGCCGGCUGCAGUACACGGAGCACCAGCAGCUGGAAGGCUGGCGGUGGAGCCGGCCGGGGGACCGGAUCCUGGACAUCGAUAUUCCACUGUCUGUUGGUAUCUUGGACCCCAGGGCCAGCCCGACCCAGCUGAACGCAGUCGAGUUUUUGUGGGACCCUUCCAAGAGAGCCUCUGCGUUCAUUCAGGUGCACUGCAUCAGCACGGAGUUCACCCCGCGGAAGCACGGGGGUGAGAAGGGGGUGCCUUUCCGUGUGCAGAUCGACACCUUUAAGCAGAACGAGAAUGGGGAGUACACGGAGCACCUGCACUCGGCCAGCUGCCAGAUCAAGGUGUUCAAGCCCAAGGGCGCCGACCGGAAACAGAAGACCGACCGGGAGAAGAUGGAGAAACGAACGGCCCAGGAGAAGGAGAAGUACCAGCCGUCCUACGAGACCACCAUCCUCGCGGAGUGCUCCCCGUGGCCCGACGUGGCCUACCAGGUGACCAGCGCCUCCCCGCCAAGCUACAGCGGCUCUCCAAGCAGCUUCGGCCUUGGCGAAGGCAACAGCUCUCCGACUCACCCUGUGGAGGCCCCGCCCGUGGGCAGUGACCACCUGCUUCCCUCGGCCUCCACGCAGGACGCCCAGCAGUGGCUCCACCGCAACAGGUUCUCCCAGUUCUGCCGGCUCUUUGCCAGCUUCUCGGGUGCCGACCUGCUGAAGAUGUCUCGCGAGGAUUUGGUGCAGAUCUGUGGCCCUGCGGACGGAAUCCGGCUUUUCAAUGCCAUCAAAGGCAGGAGCGUGAGGCCGAAGAUGACCCUUUACGUCUGCCAGGAGCUGGAGCAGAGCCGGGCGUCCCUGCAGCAGAAGCGGGACGGCAGUGGGGACCCCAGUCUGUGUGUGUACCACGCCAUCUUCCUGGAGGAGCUGACCGCCUUGGAGCUGGUUGAGAAGAUUGCCAACCUGUACAGUAUCUCCCCGCAGCACAUCCACCGAGUCUACCGGCAGGGACCCACCGGCAUCCACGUGGUGGUCAGCAACGAGAUGGUGCAGAACUUCCAAGAUGAAUCCUGUUUCAUCCUCAGUACCUUGAAAGCCGAGAGCAAUGACGGCUACCACGUCAUCCUGAAAUGUGGCCUUUGAGUCGAAGCAGCGCGAGCCGCCUCCACUCCCAGCCCCAAGGACCCCCGGACCCCCGAUGUAGACGCCGCAGCCCUGAGCCGCGCCGGAGGGACCGCUCCCAGCCUGUGCCCGCGAGGCCGAGUCUCUCUCCCUCCCUCCUCGCUCCGGCUUUGGGGCAGCUCCUCGUUCUUCCCGCCCCACCAUACUGAAGAGCAGACAGUGGGGGCAGCUUCUCUGAUCCCCUCACUCCCUUGGCGGGAGGCUAGUUAGUCCACUGGGCAUCCGGUUCCUCCUGUGUCCUCCUUCCGGCCGCUCUCCUGCCUCCAGCCGCCGCCGUCCCCUCCGGUAACCAGCCCGUGACCAGGACAGCUGGGACAGGGUGCUUUGAGUCUGUCUCAGUGACCCUGGUGCUGUCCAUCUGUCCUGCUCCCGGGUGGGUGGGUAGGAGGUGGGUUAAUUCUGUGCCUGCUUCUUCCACCUCUGAAGACCCCGAGGUGGGCCCACAUCUCUGCACGGGGUGGGGGACACACCCCAGGGCCACACAGAGCUAGUUCUAAGGCCCUUGGCGGUCGGAGUGGGUGCGUAGAAAGACGAUUCUUAGGCACAGUCUCGUGAGUAUAAGAGGGAGAAGAACCAAAGGCUUGCUCCUGAGCACCGUGGGUAGAAUUUUAUUUCCUAAGCAGUCACGGGUAAGGAGGGCUGGGAGCUGAGCCUUCGCUGUGUGAUCAGGUGACCUUGCCUUGUCCGAUUCCAGGCCCUCUUGGAUGGACUCACCAAGUCCCAUUUAGAGAGGACCUUGGUGGACCACCGCCUGACUUGCCAGGCUUCCUGGGGAUGCUGUAUUUUCUGCCUCUGUAGAGGGUGUGUUCGGAGCAUUUGGCCUGCGUUGGCAUCACCUUUCUUAGUGGCCUGACCUUGGGGAAUAUCAGUGACUGGCAGGCUAGGAGUUAGUCUUUGCCUUGUCUUUCUUUCCUGGGACCCAGGGCUUCAGCUCUUUGCUAACUUAGGGUUUAUCUUCCAAAGCAUGGUGAGCACUGUGGCCAGCGGAGCAGGGUCUUACAGCUUUUCCAUGGGAGCUUGUGUGGAAUGUGGAGGUGGUCAGAACUGGGUAGACCUUGCCUUUACAAAGGGAGGAACUGAAGGCCAGAGGGGCAGAGCCACCUGCCUGACAUCACAUAGUGAUGAAGUAAUGACAUGCGUCUGACAUGCAACGCGGGGCAUUUCUGGGAGUGAAAUGGGCCCUGGUCACAACUGUGUUGGGUGUGGUGCCUGCAGAGUAAGGACAGCUCCCUGAUUCCUUUUCCUUCCGGGGCAGGGGGGAGGGUAGUGUAUAAUGGGUUUAUUGAGUUGUAACUCACAUACCGUACAGUUUACCAUGUAGAGCGUACAAGCCUACAGUUUUUAGUAAAUUCACAGAAUCACCACAAUCAGCUUUAGAACGUUUUCAUCACCCACACCUAAAGAAACCCUGUGCCCUUACCAAGGCUCUCCGACUUUCCUUCCAAUUGCUCUCCACCUGGGCACCCAUGGCCCUUCUCUCUCUUUAGAGCUGACUGUUCUGGACGUUUCUUGCGUGUGGGACCAGACAGUACGUGGUCUUUUGUGACUGGCUUUUUCCCACUUAGCAUGUGUUUUCUAGGGCCAUCCACGCUGAGAGCGUAUCAGUACUGCAAUCUUUUUUAUAGCUGAGUAAUAUUUCAUUCUUUGAAUAGACCACAUUGUUUAUCCAUCCAUCACUGGUGGAUGUUUGAGUUGUUUCUACUUUGGGGCCAUUAUGAAUAAGGCUGCUAUGAAUAUGUUUGUACCAGCGUUGGUGUACACGUAUGUUUCCAUUUCUUUUAGGAAAAUACGUAGGAGUGGAGUUGCUGGGUCAUAGAGUCACUCUAUGUCUAACUUUUUGAGGACCUGCCAGACAGAACAGUCUAAAGCAGCUGCAUCACUGUGCACCCCCAUCCGUGUAUGAGGGUUGCAGUUUCUCCACAUCCUCGCCAGCACUUGCUGUUGUCUGUCCCCUUGAUUGCAGCCAUCCCAGUGGGCGUGAAGUGGCACCUCACUGUGGUUUGGAUCUGCACCUCCCUGAUGGCUGGUGACGCUGAGCAUCCCUCUUCAUGUGUCACUGGCCAUUGGUAUGUCUUCUUUGGAGUGAUGUCCAUUCGUGUCCUGUGCCCGUUCUUAGUUUGUCUUUUUAUUACUGAGUUGUCUGAGUUCCUUGUAUAAUCCAGAUGUAGGUCCCUUAUGAGAUGUGUGGUUUGUCAAAACGUUCCCCACUUCUGUGGGUUCUCUUCACUUUCUUCUGAUGUCCUUUGAGGCACAAAGGUUUUAAUUUUGAUGAUGUCUUUAAGCUCCCUAUUUUUAUUUGUUGUACUUUGGGUGUCAUAUCUAAGAAACCAUUGUCUAACCCAACAUCAAGAUUUCUGCUUAUGUUUUCUUCCAGGAGUUCUUACAGCUUUAGUUCUCCAGCAGUCUUUGAUUAAUUUUGAGUUCGUUUUUCUAUAUGGUGUGAGGUUGCGGUCUGACUUCGUUCUUUCACGUAGAGAUGUCCAGAUGUUCCACACCACUUGCUGAAAAGGCUGUUGGAAUCCCCGUGGAAUUGCCUGCGCACAUUUGCUAGGGACCCCGAUUCUUACUGGGUCUUUUUUUCCAUGACACAGGGCUGUCAUUAAGAAGCUUGUGCCCCCCUCCCUCCUGCCUUUUUUUUUAAGCUCAGCCAAGUUUGGGUCCACCAUUUUUACAGCUGGCUUUGUGUUCUCUUCCUGCUGUCUCCCCGUUCCUGUCACUGCAUGCCUGGGCAGUGUCCCUCUCUGAUGCUCUGCAGUCUUUCUUGGUGCGUGGUCUAGCUCCACGCACUAGUCCUGGGGCCCGAGGAGAAGGGCAAGACCAGUCGUUUCCUUUCUUGAGAAAACUGAGCCACAGAGAAGUGGACGAACUUUCCCAAGGUCCAGCCUUUCAAGGUGCCUGUCCUUCACGAGACCUCAGAGAUGCCAUUACCCAGGCCAGGUGAUGACAGGCUAAAAUUUCAAUUCUAAAAUAGUGGUCAGCUAAUGUUUUUAUUUCUUCAUUCCAAAUCUCAUUCUCAUAAAGGUCUGUUACCUUAAGUUUGCUGUCAGUAGGGUUUUCCGUUCUCAGGAAUGCCCUCUGCGUCUGCUGCUUACUGUCUCCUGAUGGUUGUAGUUCAAUCUUGUUGCUUACAAGGAAGUGGGAAAUAGUAAAUACCGAAAAAGAAUACGCAUGGUAAUUUGGUACCAAAAUGCUUUAGCUGCCUAAUUCAACAGUUUGUACCUGCCACUGGGGUCAGAGGAGCUGGCUGCAGGUUUUUGUUUCAGCUUUUUCAUCUUAUUAAAGUACAGAGCCGCUCCUGUCCACUGCUUCCUGAGUCCAGAGUCUGGGUCUGCUGGACCAGGCGCCCCUCCUGGAGCCGCCCUCUCCACCCCCAUCUUUCUCGGCACAGCUUCUCCCUGACAGCAGCAGUUUUUAGAAGGACCCCCCCCCCCCGCCCCGCCCCGCGCACCCUGCCCUGGGAGGGGACAUGCUGUGUGCUCAGGCUGCUGUCAGGAACCAGCAGCCGAGGCUGGGUUCCUCACCCAGGGCCCUCACAUUGCUUUGCUGGGCAGGUGUCUGUUUGCAAGGUUGUGAUAAACCUGGUUACCGCAUUGCACCUUGACAGUAAAGACAGAGGCUUUUGAAUUGGGGGUGGGGGCCAGUAGAAUCUGCUGGGGGAAGGGAUGCUGUGCCUUUGGAAAGAGCAGGAGGGCGUGGGGUUUGAAGUCUGGGUGUGGGGUCCUAAACUAGGUCAGAUGUUGCCCUGGUGACCUCCUGCCGGGGCCUCUUGGAAGAGCUGUUGACCUAGAGGGGGCUUUCCUGGGAGCAGUUUGGAGCUGGAAGGGCAGUGUGUCCCAAGUUUCCAAGUCCAGAGUGGCUUCGGGGGCUGGCCUGAGUAGCUCAGGUUCUGAAAAUCAUUAACGAGUUGAUGGGAAAAAUGGAAAAGCCCUUUGCUGUCGUCAGUGGAGUGGAGGGAGGCAGCCUGCAGGCUGGCAGAGAAGAUGGAAAGGUGGGGUUGGGGUGGGGCGAGUUGGAAAGGACAGGGGACCAAGAGGCGGGGGUCCCGGGACCCCAGACCCUCACUUGUCAUGUGUCUCUGGGCUUCUCUCUCUCAAGUCAGGGGCUGGGAGACGGGGGUUGCGCUGACUCAGCCACUUGCGGAGCAUGAGGGCCACCGGGCUUUCUCGUUUUCCCUCCGUCAGCCCCACAGCCGGCAGGGCGUCGCGUGUGCUUCCCGGAGGUGCGCAGCACCACUGGCACUCCCGCAGGGAUACGCGCUCUUGGACAGCUGUCUCAGUCAUGUCUGCAAGAAUCCAGUCCAGCUCACAACUGGGCUGACUUCAACCCCUCUGCAUACCAUCCUCCAGCUGUUCCCUGGAGCCUGAGCUGGAUUCAGCGUUGGCCGGCUCUGUGCCCACGUCGUGGACACGUGUGUGUGUGCACGUGUGUGCGCACAUGGACCCCUUUCCCCGCCCCGUGCCUGGCAUCUGGCGUCAGCGCCACCCUGAGUGUCCUCAGCGUAGCUCGAUGGGGUGAUCACUGCUGUGCUGCUCUGGGUUCAGACUAUGUGGGUGAAGCUGGUCGGGCACAGCCGCCCUGACUGGUGGGAAACGUGCACCCUGAGUCCAGCUCUUCUCGGAGGGGAGAAGUGCUGGCAGUUGACCUCUGACCACCAGGACCCCCACAGCAAGGCCCGUGGACUCGGCCUUCCACCCAACCGCCCCACUUAACACUGUCCCCUGGGGUUACAUCCUCUGCACCUGACAUCAGCAAUCAGGCUGGCCAGGAGGAAUGUUCGUACACCCUCUCUGAUCGCCUCCAGCCCCCCCCCACUCCCCGCCCCGUAUCCUGGGGACCGGGAAGUGGGGGUCUUCGGGUGGCCCUGGCCUAGAGAUGUGGAGGUUGCAGCGAAGCCCUGGGUGUGGCCUGUGGGCAGUGAGGUGCUGACCAGGCCACUCCGGGCCUCCUUCCUGGGGCCCACCCAGAGGCUUUCUGCGAAGGUUGCUGGGCUCUCUGCAAAGCUCCUCCUGGGCUUUCUUCCCUCCGCCUCUGUUCCUUGGGGGACAGCUGACAGUUCUGAGUAGUGGCUCCCUUGCCAGUGGCCCCUGUCUGGAUCCGCUGUCCCCCUGACCCUUUUUACCAUGUAGGGGACUUCUAGCUGCCAGGUCCCCAAGAAGUAGCUCUGAGAGGUGGAUUUGCUGCUUGGCGUGGGGCAGCCGAUGGGGUUGGGUGGGGAGGGGUGGUCACUGCUUCGUCGUGGGCUGAGCAGCCCUGCCAUCCCGGCAGCCAAACUGGACCCCUUCAGAGGGGCAGCGUCCUGCCCUCACCCCGAGGAGCCUGGGGGUGGGCCGCAGGGAGCAGGGAAGACUUUUACUGUGAGAAGUUUUCAGUCCUUCCUCAAGGACAGAACCACAUUAGCAACCCCGUUCCCGGCACCUAAUCUCCACGGUGAUUAAUGUCCACUGCGGCAAACUGCGGGGUCCUGUGGUCUGUCUGGUGACAAGGGAGCCCUGUCUUUGAACCCAAUGAAGUGAAACGUCACCCUUCCCCCAAUUCCAGUCUUUGUCAGCACCCCCGUGUCACCAGAAGCGCACCCCGCCAUUACAUUCUGAACGUCAUCAUCAGAACGCUGCUGUCGUCCGUGUCCUCUUAGGCUGACAUAAUAUUGAUCUGCCUCCUCUUGGCCCUUGAAGCCAGAAGCACGUACUGUGGAGCCCUUUACAGGAAAACUUGGCUAACCCUGAGCUAGACCUCUGGUGCACUCGGUUCCCCGGUUAUCUUGAAGAAAAUCCUAGAGAUUAAGGACUGUUUAAAAUAAUAAAAAGUAUUUGUUUUGAGCUUUGAAGAGAAUCAUGCAGCUGAGUGGCCUUUGACUCUUCCCUGCCGCUUGGCUGGUGACGUGGCCGGGCCCUGUCGCCCCGGUGGGCCCCCAGCCCCUCAGGAAUCAGUCCUGUCCUCCCUGCUUUCCCCUGCUGGCUGGUUCCCAGAGACCUGAGGGUGCAAGGGUAUCGCGCUGGUGCCCCGGGGUGGGUGGCGGCUUCCUGAGUUAGGUCACUGGAGCGCUCCUGUCCCGGGAGGUGACUGUCACCUCCAGCUGGUCUCCGGGCCCCCCAGUCUCUGUGUGUUUUGCUGCCCCUCCUCCUGCAGAGGGGACUGUGUGUGGCGGCCUCGCGUGGUGACAGAGAGGGGCCUCCCCGGCCGCCCGUGAGGGUUUCCAGGGCCCAGUUUCCGGCUCUGCCCUGGGGAGAAGCUGGCCCACAGGCUGCGAUCCAGCUGGGGCGGCCUGUCCUCCUGUGUGUGCCUUGGCCCGUCUCUCUGGCCCCUGUGCAGCUCGCCGGAUGCUGCAGUGGGUCCUCUGGAAGGACCAACAGUUGCUGGUGCCCACCGGCCUCUCCUGGGCUGGGAUCGGGGCUCGGUGUUUUGCUCUUAACCCUAUUUGAUCCUCCUUGCAGCCCGGUUUCCAAGAAAGUCAAGACUGAGAAAUCAGAUGUGGGUGUCAGGGUCCGGGACACGCGGGCGGCUCCUCCAUCUGCAGCGUUCACUUUCGUGCUGGCUUGUCACCGGCUCCGUGUAGCCUGGAUGGGAAAUGUCGGUGGGGCUUGGUUGUUAAAGGAUGGAAGAAAGCGGGGAUUGUUCUGUGUGCCUCCCUCAAGCUCCUGGGCAGAAACUCGGUACUGAGUUCUCCAAUGUUUUGUGUAUGUGAAGUGAUUUCUUUCUUAAAGUGUGACUUUCUCACCUUUCUCCAGAUUGGGUGGCCCUUCUCUGCAGGUGGUGGGAGUCCCUGCUGGGGUGGUGUGGCCCUUGGGUGGGUCAUGGGGAGGUGAGCAUCAGGGCAGGAGUUGUCACGCUGCCACAUUGUUUUUGUACCUGAAAUAAAGCAUAUUUUGCACUUGUUACUGUAUCAUCGUGCGGACGAGAAAUCUGCAUGUGGGAUCUGGGCAUGGGUCAGAAUGCAAAUAAAACUCGUUUGUAAGAAA